AUGGCAACCCCUGGAGCCUUCCGUCCCGGGACAGCUGCUAUACCUUCUUCCCAAGUCGAAAUAAGCGUCAGCUGCAGGAACCUCGCAAAUCUAGACAUUUUAUCCAAGUCAGAUCCCAUGGUUGUCAUGUACACGCUGGAUAUCAAGACUCAAAAAUUCCUCGAGUAUGGCCGGACUGAAACAAUCCAGAAUGACUUGAAUCCAGAGUUUGCUAAAAAGUUUGUGAUUGAUUACUUCUUUGAGGAGGCACAGAGGCUCAGAUUUGAAGUAUAUGAUAUUGAUUCUCAGAGCCGGAAUCUGAAAGAUCAUGAUUUCAUUGGUUUUGUAGAGUUAACACUAGGAGAAAUUGUUGGGACUACUGGUGGCGCUGUUUUGAAAAGGCUGAGAGCAGAAGAAGUCAGCUCAUGUAAAGAAAUUGCAUCGAUACAUAUGAAAGGCACCGGUUUGGACCAGAAAAAUUGGUGGGGACUUUUUGGAAAGUCUGACCCUUUUUUGACAUUUUCUCGAGCAAACGAAGACAACAGCUACACGGUGGUCCACAGAACAGAGCAUAUUUUGAGCACUCUGAAUCCUGACUGGAAGCCAUUCACCAUCCCUCUUAGAACUCUUUGCUGUGGAGAUUAUGAUAGGUCCAUCAAGAUUGAAUGUCAUGACUGGAAUGCCAGUGGAAGUCAUGAACUUAUUGGCAGUUUCAUCACAAAUGUCAGGGAACUCCAUUCUGGCGAAACAAAAGUCUUUGAACUUCAUAAUCCAAAGAUAAAGAGAAAGAAACCAUGUGGACGGAUUCAUGUUUUGAGCUUUCACAUAGAAAUGCAGAAAACAUUUAUUGAUUACAUCAGAGGCGGCAUGCAGAUGAACUUUACAGUGGCCAUAGACUUCACAGCUUCAAACGGAAACCCUCAGUCUCCAACAUCCUUGCACUAUAACAACCCCUACCAGCUCAACCAGUACGCUGCGGCUAUUACCGCUGUUGGGGAGAUUAUACAGGAUUAUGAUAGUGAUAAAAUGUUUCCUGCUUUAGGAUUUGGUGCCAGGAUGCCUGAUGGGACUGUGUCUCAUGAAUUUGCCUUGAAUUUUCAGCCAGACAAUCCAUUCUGCUCGGGCGUGGAUGGCAUUUUGGCAGCUUACUAUCAUGCCAUUAAUAAUGUCCAGCUUUAUGGGCCAACCAACUUUGCUCCUGUGAUCAACCAUGUUGCCAG